AUGAUAAAGCCAAAUAAAUACUUUGUUUUCGUAAUAUCCUUAUCUCUUAUGUUUAACGUAGCUUCCGCUCUACAAACAACCUGGGAUUGUACAAGCAAAACUACUGCUAGACUUACAGAUGCUCGAUGGAGUGUUGAUUCUAAUAAUGCGCCUGUUAUUACCGUCACCUACCAAGGACCAGAUCCUAUCCAGGCCAUCGAUAAAUUCAUGAUUUCCCCUUCGCAUUAUUGGGAUUUAGAACAUGCCUAUUAUAUAUACGCCAUUGAUCCUAUCUUCAUGAACGGUUAUAGUAGUGAUAUGUUUAAUGGUACAAACAGUAGUACGUAUGUUGGAAGCAAUCCACAUACCAUGCAAAUACCUUAUGAUCCUCGCAACCUUCCGCCAUCUGGAACAGAAGUUAUGGUCUCAUCAGGAGUCUAUCACAGCUGUCAUCGCGAUAAUGAUGAUAGUGAAUUAGCGUGCGCAUAUUGUGGGUGGGCUGUAUUUCGGAAUAUUCCAUAA